GAAGAAGCGAGAUGUCUGGGAGAGGGAAGGGAGGCAAAGGCCUCGGAAAAGGCGGAGCGAAGAGGCACCGCAAAGUGCUCCGUGAUAACAUCCAGGGCAUCACGAAACCAGCCAUCCGGCGCCUGGCUCGCCGUGGCGGGGUCAAGCGCAUCUCGGGCUUGAUCUACGAGGAGACCCGCGGGGUGCUGAAGGUUUUCCUGGAGAAUGUGAUCAGGGAUGCGGUGACCUACACUGAGCACGCCAAGCGCAAGACGGUGACUGCCAUGGAUGUGGUGUACGCUCUGAAACGCCAGGGCCGCACUCUGUAUGGAUUCGGCGGCUGAACAACUCGUCCCUUUUCCAGCGAACCCAAAGGCUCUUUUCAGAGCCACCCAAACCCUCCGAUUGAGAGCGGAGACCCGAGGAUGGGAAAAGGCAGCACAUAGGGAGUGGACAGUGUACUGCAGCUGGUUAUUUCAUUUCGAGAUAUUUGAUUUUGGAUCACUCUUUAAAGACAAUACAUAAAGUUCACGCUCAGCGUUACAGGAGUGAAAACAGGUAGAGCGGAGCAUUCACUUUGUUGCUGUCUCCUAUAACGAAUGUUUUACAUUUAAAAUAUCCCUUCAGUGCAGAUAGAGGCUUUUCAGCCGUUCGAGAAUACACUGAUAUUGCUGCUGAUUAUAUCACAUUGCGACUAAGAUACAGAAGUCGGCUCUGUCAUUCGAUCAUGGCUGAUUGGUUUCUCAACCCUGAUGUGCCUUCUCCCCUUGACCUUAGACCCUUUUUCUUACGAACACCUCUCUGUCUCGGUAACAAUACCAGUAUGUGUAGUUAGUUGUUAACACCAUGAAUAAUAAUGUGUUCUUCCAUGAGUUUUGGGACCCAGAGGCGAAUGAUACAUUUCACAGUAUUUGUACUUCAUUGACCCUUCCAGGAAUGAUUUGUUGUUCAGUUUUCACUCUCACAGCCGUGCCGCUGUUUUCGUGCCGUAUUCUUUCUAUCUGCCUGUUACAGACAGGUCUGGCAGCAAUUGCAAAUUGUGUGCGGGCUAA